UACAUAAAAUCCAUGAAUUCUAAGCCAUUUUCAUGUCAAACAAUUAAAUGAGCAUGUUCGCGAGCUUUUGAGGUGAACAUGGUGUGGCUCGAGUUCAGCUCUUUUAAUAAACGAGCUUGUUUGCGAGCCGGCUCGAUUACGGUGAAUCGAGUGUCGAACGAGUUUUUCUCGAAUCGGACACCGAGUCGUUCAAGAGCGGCUUGGCUCAUUAAUAGCCCUAGUGAGGUUUGACGGAAGGAGAGGAGAGGAUAGGAGGGUAGGUAGGUAGGUGAAAGGGUAAAGAAGUUUUUUUUUAAUUAAUGAAAUUAAAAAUAUAUUCCACCUGGCAUUGCCACGUCAAUGAGUAAUCACCACGUCACCAACAAUCAUUUGUCCAGUCAACAGUCGUGAUAGUGCCGUUAAACUUUUGGACGGAAUGGCUAUAUCUAAAGUGACUAUAUUUGUCAAAAUCUUAAAAAUGAUGACUAUGUACGUGAAUUAAACCAAUCCUAAAAAACAAUUCAAGCGAACAGCAGUCACCGGCCAAAUCCCCCUUAAACUCUUGAAAACACACAGCGGCGGCGUCUCUGUCUAGUAUCUACUCAACAGAGACUGGAUGUCGUGGGUAAUAUCUGCCUGUGCCUUUCCACCGGCAGCCUCGCCGGUGAUGUCUGCUGACUUGUCGCCGCAUACCUCAGCUGGCCGGCUCAAACCCAUUUCCCUCUCCUGGUUUUCUGCUUUGCCCACCCUGAAAUUGUCCGUCACUAGCGACUCACUGGUACACCCUUCGCCUUCCUCCAAUAACAAGAAUUCAUGCAGUCCUUUCAUUCGAGCUGCGUGGACGAGGAGAUCUCGUGGUGAGCUGGCAAAGCAACCGAACAAGAAGUCAUGGAAACAGAGGACUGACAUGUACAUGAGGCCCUUCUUGCUGAACGUGUUCUUUUCAAAGAGAUUUGUCCACGCCAAAGUGAUGCACCGGGGGACAAGCAAAGUAAUAUCUGUUGCCACCACCAACUCCAAGGACCUUAGGAACAGUUUGCCCUCCCUCACAGAUCACCAUGCCUGUAGACUUAUUGGCGAGCUCAUAGCAGAGAGAUCAAAAGAAGCCGAUGUAUAUGUAAUGUCAUAUGAACCGAGAAAGAACGAGAGGAUUGAGGGCAAGCUGGGGAUUGUUAUCGACGCCAUUAAAGAGAACGGUAUCAUUUUUGUUUAACCUGGUGAUUGCUAGUGAUAGGCAGAAGAUCAGAUGCACUUUGUUAUAUUGUCAAAUCUCUUUAACGUGUAUCAGGGUAUUUCAUGCAGCAUAUACGUUUAUCCGUUUCUGUGAUAACUGUUGGGUAUUCUUGAAACUUAAAAAGUGUCAUGUUGCAUGGAUAGAACACAAGGUCCCUUGAGUCUCUCAUUACGAACAUUGCACUCCAACUUAUCCAACUGGCUGAUUGGAUACAAUUAAAAGGAUGUAGUAAUC